AUGCAGUGUGUGGGCGGUAGCUUAUACCUAAUGCUGAUCUGGAUCCCCGUGCUGGUUAUGGCUCAGAGCAGGAACGCGGACCCACUGAGUCUGGGCGAGAUUGACCCUCAGUGCUGGGAGAGCUCCUCUCUUGCCCUGGUCGAGCUCAAGAAACUGCGAGUCGCCGAAACAGUCAGCGGCCUCUGGGACUUCAUGAUCUUUCUGAAACUCUCGGAAAAACCCAAGCACGCUGCCCUAUUCAUCGACCUGGCUCAGCUCUUCUGGGAUAUCUACGUGGACUGUGUGCUGUCGCGAUCUCAUGGGCUGGGCAGAAGGCAGAUCGUAGCAGGAUAUACAUUCCGGUAUCCGCAGUACUCAACAGGCUUGGCACGUUCAAGCGACAAGGAUUUGAAGUUUUAAACUUCAUCGAAGAACUGGAAUCCCGAAUUACCAGCUAAAAGCAAGGCUGUCCGUUCCACCCACCGUGACAAUGAAUGAACACACAGAUAAAUAU